AAUCCGCCCCGUGGACGCAUUCGCUCGUACGCUUCGUCCAAAGCGGACUUGAGUAGUAGAGACUUGUCGUCGCCGUUGCCGUAGUCCUCGUCGUUUGUUGUAGUCGAACCGUAGCAGCCGGACGGAUCGAGGCCGAAGAGGACGUAUCAUCGGGAUAUUAAAAAAAAAAAAAAACGGAAAGCGCGCGGCGGAAAGUUCGAGCGGAGAGAGCGUCAAGAUCAACGGGAAAUUCGUUGGUGUAAUUUCUGGCUAAGCGGCAGUGAAGAGAGCUCACGCAUCUUCCUGCACCACUUGUACCUGCAGCGCAUCAAGUGAGCCCUGGUCAGGCCGAGAAACGACGAUUGAGAGACAGCCGAGUCGAUCGAGCGUCGAGCCGAGAAACCGCCGAAAUUAGUCGUUAUCAGAGAAGUCUGGAAAAGAAGAGUAACAAGGAAGACAUGAUGGCAGUUGCAGCAGCCCAGAAGAACCGCGAGAUGUUCGCUAUCAAGAAGUCCUACAGUAUUGAGAAUGGAUAUCCAGCGCGACGACGUUCUCUCGUGGACGAUGCCCGUUUUGAGACGCUGGUCGUCAAGCAGACGAAGCAAAGCGUGCUCGAGGAAGCUCGACAGCGGGCGAAUGACACGAAUGUCGAUCAGACGAUCACUUGCGCUCAAGAAGAACAAGGCCAGGGAGAGCAUUACACCGACGUUUCAUCAAGCGACGAUGAACAGAUGGAGUCGUUGGUCUGCGCGGCGAAGAAGCAAGAAGCAAAAGCCGAGGCCUCAUCGGACAGCGACGGGAAACCGGAUGACGAUUACGAUGACGAUGCCGGACUAACCGAAGAGGAGGUAGUGCUCGCUAAGACCAUAGCUGAGUCGCCGGAGAGCGAGCACAGCGUGCAGAAAGCGGCGCUGGUGUUGCGAUUGCGGGAGGGCAUCGGCUCCUUGGGCAGGAUCUUGAAGACGAUCGAGAAUUUCAAGGGCACGGUCACUCACGUGGAGUCACGGCCCUCCAAGAGGGAGGGCGUGCAGUUCGAGGUGCUCGUCAAGGUCGACAUGAGCAGGCAGAGCCUGUUGCAGCUGAUUAGGAAUCUGCGACAGAGCUCGGCUCUGGACGGCGUGACCUUGCUCGCCGACAACUCCGUCAGCAUCAAAGACCCCUGGUUCCCCCGCCACGCUUCCGAUCUCGACAACUGCAACCACCUGAUGACCAAGUACGAGCCGGAUCUCGACAUGAACCACCCGGGUUUCGCCGACAAGGAGUAUCGCGCCCGACGCAAGGUCAUCGCCGAAAUCGCCUUCGCUUACAAGUACGGCGACCCGAUACCCAGCAUCCCCUACACCGAGACAGAGAACGAGACCUGGUCGCGCGUUUUCAACACCGUGCUCGAUCUUGUGCCGAAGCACGCGUGCGUCGAGUACCAAAGGGUCUUCAAGAAGCUACAGGAGGAGAGGAUCUUCGAGUCCCAUCGUAUCCCGCAGUUGCAGGAGGUCAGCAAUUUCUUGAAGAAAAACACGGGAUUCACUCUCCGACCGGCCGCCGGUCUCUUGACGGCGCGGGACUUCUUGUCUAGCCUUGCCUUCAGGAUAUUCCAAAGCACUCAAUAUGUUCGCCAUAUCAACAGCCCAUACCAUACUCCUGAACCAGAUUGCAUUCACGAGCUCUUGGGUCACAUGCCGCUUUUGGCCGAUCCUAGCUUCGCUCAGUUCUCGCAAGAGAUUGGUCUGGCGUCUCUCGGUGCCUCGGACGAGGAAAUCGAGAAGCUGUCGACCAUUUACUGGUUCACCGUCGAGUUCGGCCUCUGCAAGGAGGGUCCUGAGGUCAAGGCUUAUGGUGCUGGCUUGUUGUCGGCCUAUGGCGAGCUGUUGCACGCGUUGAGCGAUAAGUGCGAGCACCGAGCUUUCGAUCCGCCAAGCACCGCUCUCCAGAAGUACCAAGAUCAGGAAUAUCAGCCGAUAUAUUACGUAGCCGAGAGCUUUGAGGACGCCAAGGAGAAAUUCCGUCGUUGGGUGGCCACCAUGAGCCGGCCAUUCGAGGUCAGAUUCAAUCCGCAUACACAGCGCGUCGAAGUUCUCGACAGCGUCGACAGGCUGGAAGGUCUGAUGGCCCAGCUUAACACCGAGAUGACCCACCUCACGAACGCCAUCACCAAAAUCAAGGCAUCCUUUGCAGCGUGUUGCUCUUUGAUAGAUCUCGUCGCAAAUGGAUUGAAAUUCGUUCUCAGCAUGACCGAAAAUGCGUAUGAGGAUAAAAAAGCGAAGACUAGUCAGCAAGAUGAUCAGCUUGAGACACAGUCGAUUCAAGAACUAUAUAAAAAAAUACAUGUAAACGAUACCAAGCGUCAUCGUGAACAAGAGCACGUCAAUAAAAUAGAUGAUAUAGAUGACAGCGAUAAUAUGAUGAAGAGGUCAUGGAAGAAGAAGCAGUCCCAUGCAAAACUCAACGUUGAAGAGAAAUACCAACGAUACAACAAUCACAACCGCCAUCAUCACCAUCAUCGUCAUCAUCAAAAUGCAGACAUCAAGGACGUAUCGUUGAGAUCCUGUGCAUUGAUGCAGCUAACCUUGAAGAGGCCGCUGCAAGUGACGAUGAUCGACGAGGAACGUAAGAAUGACAAUUCAUCAAUUCUGCAGGAUGCCUCCUCGAAAACGAGAAUAAUGGCGUGCAACGUGAAAGCGGAUAACAUGAAAGAUGAUACUAAUCUGCGACAAGAAAAACUUACCAGAGAUCAUGAAGAUUAUACUGCAAAAAAUAUUAGUUAUGCAUUCCCGUCGACACCCCGCCAGCAAUUCGAUCGAGAUACGAUCCGACAGAAGAUCCUGCAAAGGGCGACGGUGAGAAAAUAACGGGCAAUCGGGCGACAGAAGUAAAGGGCAUCUUAGCUAAUCGUGGUAAAUGUUCAUAGUAUGACGUCAAAUGCAAUUAGAGGCAUCAGAAGGAAGAAGAGUUCGCUGUGCGAAGUCAAAGUGGCUGUGAUAGGAGCUCCGGGAGUCGGCAAAAGCGCAUUGACAGUGAGAUUUCUGACGAGGAGGUACAUCGGAGAAUACGAUCACCAAUCAGAAACUAGAUACAAGCAUGAGGUACUAGUUGACGGAGAACCUAUUCUUUUCGAGAUUUUAGAUACGUGCCCAAAGAGCGGGGAUGAAUUACCAUCGAUGGAAACUUUGCAAUGGGCGGACGGCUUGCUGUUGGUUUAUUCGAUAACAGACAGGGGAUCCUUUAAUUUCGUGAGGAAAGCGAAGGAAGCCCUCGCGGUAGCCGAUCCUGAAGCCGCAAUGCCUCUUGCUCUUGUUGGAAAUAAAGCUGAUAUGGUCCAUUUACGGCAAGUCAGUGCCGAAGAAGGAGAGAUCUUGGCUAAGGAUUUCGAAUGUUGGUUCAGCGAAAUAACCGCUGCCGAGCAGGUUGCUCAGGUCGCGGAAUCCUUCCACGAAUUAUGCAGAGAAGUUCUCGCAGCCAGAAGAAGGAACAAACAGUCUUUGUUGGACAGAAUGCUCGGCAGCAACAAGACGCGUGCUUAUUCGCGAGGGAAAAGCGACUCUGCUCUGCCGAAGGAAUAGACGUCGCCGUCCGCUCGAAUAUCAUAAAAGAAAGUGCAUCUUAAUAAGAGAACGAUAAUACUGCAUCUUUAAGAAAAUGAUUAGGACAAUUUGGAUAAUUAUAAUUCGUAUGAUUCACACCAUCCAGGACAAUUUAUAUCUGUCUAAUUAAGAAAAAUAUGAAGAAAGAUACGAAGCUACAAAUACCAAAGAAAAUAUAAAUUUGUACAGUAAUGAGAUUUAUAUCAAUUAGUAUAAAAUGUACAAAUUUUUAUAGUAUAAUCUUUUCACAAUACGCGGAUUAUAUAAAUUUUAAUUAAAGUUAAGAUUCUGAGAUAUAUACAAAUUCAGAAAGAAGUAUAAUACAAAAUGGCCAACUCUGAUUCUAACUGUCCCACGUUUAUCACAUUACCAGAAAAAACAAGCGUUGUGCAAUCUUUUCAAUCCAAAAGGCUGAUUGUGAGCGUGAGUUAUAUACGAAUAGUUUACGCCUAAGUGUUAUAACAUACUAUAAUUAUUCUAUAUUUAUUUUGUACUUACAAUGAGAUAUCAUGACAAUAAAUUAUGCCAACAAAUUUUACUUA